AUGCUAACGAAGAAGGAAAAACUACUCAUACGCCCAUGGCAGAUGCAACGUUACAUCAAUCAUCGUAUUAAGGUGGUAACUGCAAUGCCUGCCAUCGACUUCCACCCACCACCAGAGCGUAUCCAUAUCGCACAGAAACUGAAGAAGCAACAGAAAGAAUUAGAGCGAAAGGAAAAGAUCGAGCAGGAAAACAUACGGCUCUUGCAACGCCUUGGUGCAAUCAUGAGUAAGAAAAGGCUGGAUAACAUUUGGACCUACACAAGACCCAAUUUUCUCCGCCGUGAAAACAUCUAUCCAGUCCGCCCCAGAACCUGUCCAGAUGCAUCAACAACGCGCCGGUCAGCUUCAACUAAGCCAAUCGAGGGAAAUUAUUACAAUGGGAGAACGUCACCACUGGCGGGCUGGACUAAAAAUACUCGAUGCAUUGCUUGCAGCGGACAAUCUCGUGCCGCUGUUCAGCUUAAUCAAAUCGCUCCCGAAGGUCGCAUGCCAUGGGCGCCGCAGCGCAAAACUACCAACAGGAAGUUGCUACAAGAGACUGAAACGGAACAGCACGAAUGUUGCCGGUUCUGCUGCUGUUAG